AGCGCCCGGGAGCCCUCGGGCAGCUUACGGAGGCUAAGACCUGUUGAUGCCGGCGAUGGCAGUGCUCGGUGUAUGUGAUUCCAUCUGAUAUACUUAAGAGGAAAAGUGACAGAGGGACUGUUCUGGUGCAGCUGUAUGAUUGAAGCUCCGUGGAGCUGUGUGUCUGCAUUUUUUCCACUCUAUUUUGGCAAACUCAGGCUAUAAACUGUGAUCAAACUGAGAACGUACUUGGUGCGACCUCAUCAUGAACCGUGCUUUCAGCAGGAAGAAAGACAAAACAUGGAUGCACACACCUGAAGCUUUAUCCAAACAUUACAUUCCUUAUAAUGCAAAGUUUCUUGGCAGUACUGAAGUGGAGCAGCCAAAAGGAACAGAAGUUGUGAGAGAUGCUGUAAGGAAAUUAAAGUUUGCAAGACACAUCAAGAAAUCUGAAGGCCAGAAAAUCCCCAAGGUUGAACUGCAAAUAUCAAUUUAUGGAGUAAAGAUUCUAGAACCUAAAACAAAGGAAGUCCAGCACAAUUGCCAGCUUCAUAGAAUAUCAUUCUGUGCAGAUGAUAAAACUGACAAGAGGAUAUUCACUUUCAUAUGCAAAGAUUCAGAAUCAAAUAAACAUUUGUGCUAUGUAUUUGACAGCGAAAAGUGUGCUGAAGAGAUAACGUUAACAAUUGGACAAGCAUUUGAUCUGGCAUACAGGAAGUUUCUAGAAUCUGGAGGAAAAGAUGUGGAAACAAGAAAACAGAUUGCAGGGUUACAGAAAAGAAGCAGCAGAGGCAGCAGAUGUUGGAUCCAAGACUUAGAAACAGAAAAUAUGGAACUUAAAAAUAAAGUACAAGAUUUGGAAAACCAGUUAAGGAUAACUCAAGUGUCAACAUCUCCACUGCUGCACCGAAUGUCUGAUCAUGAGCCACCUGGGCUUCAGAGACGCUCAUCUUCUCUUUGGCAUAGUAGUGAUGCUUCAUCUCCUUGUCUAAAUAUGUCUUCCAUUUCUGUCACUCCUGUCAACUCGUCUGAUUCCAGACUAUCACUGGGACUGUUAAUACCUCCACCUUCUAAAAGUGGCCUUCCUAAGCCAGGCAGUGAGCACAGCAUUCCAAGACCUCAUGCAGGCAGUGUGACAUCUAAGUCUCCCUCCACUGACAUCUUCGAUAUGAUUCCAUUUUCCCCAAUGUCACACCAGUCUUCCACACCUGCGCGCAAUGGCACACAGCCCCCUCCUGUACCUAGUAGAUCUACAGAGAUCAAACGAGACCUCUUUGGAGCUGAACCAUUUGACCCAUUUAACUGUGGAGCAGGGGAUUUCCCUCCAGACAUUCAAUCAAAAUUAGAUGAGAUGCAGCGCCAGAGAUGGAGGGGUUCAAAAUGGGACUAACUCUUGAAGGCACCGUGUUUUGUCUUGAUCCAGUAGACAGCAAAUGCUGAUGUCAAGAAAGAAAGAUCCUGACUCAUAUUAAAUUUGCUUAUAUACACAUAUAGCAUUCACUAUUAUUUUAAGACAGGUAUUAAACAUGUGCCAAUAUAUUUUUGGAUAUCUUAAUGUUUUGAAAGCUUUUGUAGUGAAGUCUCUCCACAUUGACUGUUGAUCAGUAUCUUUAAUUUUAAAUACAACUUAGUGUAAUGUAUGUCAUAGUUUUUUGUUCGUGUUUCUGUUGUGGAUGAAUUUAUCAUUGAAAAUCAAGUUAUCUAUAUAUUUGUCUGGUCUGAGUUCUAAAUAAUUGCAAUGCAUUCAUUCUCCAGGCUGCUAGUUUUUUAUUGAUUUCCCCCCCAAAAAAACCAUACUUAAAUAUUUUAAAAUUCUGAAGAGAUAUGUUGACACCAAACUAGUGUUCUAUUUUCAAACCAAUGAAUAUAUUAUGAGACAGACAAUGAAUAUGCAUGAGACAGUGCUAUUUUAUGUGUAUAAUGUUCAUAUAAUUGGGAAAAUUUAAACUUUGAAAUUAUGCCAUCAGUCCUCAAAUUUUUAAAUUAGUAAAGAAAAAAUAUAAAUUUCGCUGACAAUUAAAUGAAACUUAAGUAAUCUUUUCUAGUUAAUUUCAGUUGUAUUCCAAAAUGUUUGAUUCAUUUUAUUUCACUUCUAAUGUGUGAGUAAGUUACAUUUGUUAUCUCGUAAGGAAAACCAUUUGGAAUGUAUAUCAUCUCUAGGUUUAAAGUUGAUCUUUAUCCUUAUAUUACCAACUAUAGUUUUUCUCACCAAAGUUUAUUUUAUGAUGUCUCAUUGUUUUUGAUAUUUUAAAAUAUAAAGAGAACUAUUCUAAAAAUAUUAUCAACGUAUUUAGUGCAUCUAAAUUUGUACUUGGUCUGUUAAAGUCAAAAUCCUAAUUUUCACCAAAAUACAUUUUCUGAUGAGCUGCAUCAUGAAUGUGAGCAAUAAAAUUUCCUGGAAUCUCAUUCUUGAUUUGCUGAUAAGUUCUGAAUAUUGUUGCCCAUGGUGUAACAGAGAACCAGCAAUCAUGCAGAAAAAAAAACAAUGAUCAGUUUCUACUUUGUUUUAUCAAAGAAUUAAGAAAAAUGAGUGAAAAUAUGGAUUGGUGAUAGUCACCAAAGAUAAAUAGAUUCUUUACACAUGGGAAUUUUGUUCAAACAUUAAAGCUACAUUUUCUAAGAACAGAAAUCAGUGUGCUUACGCAAUAUUGUAUUGGUAUGCAUCGCCAUAAUGUUGUAUACUAUAUGUGAAGCUUCUCGUUUGUGUUUUGUUACGUUCUAAGUUGUACCGUAAUUAGAGGACAGUAUAUAUUUCACAAAGUAGAGUCUUUAUAAUUUUGGAAUUUGUAUAAUGAGAAUGUUUAGGAGCCACAUGGCUUUUUUUUAACAGAUAGAAUUUGUAUUUUUAUUGUACUUGAAAAAGCUUUAUGCAAUAGGUAUAUAUUUAGUGGGCAUUUAUUAUCAAUGGUAACACAAUAGAGUACUGAGAUGAUAUUUGCAUAUUUAAGAUAUGUUACUUUACCAAUUUUUAAUAGUAGUCAAUUCUGCUACUGGCAUGAUUAAACAGUACAUAAUUGGUCAUUAAUUAUGAACAUUUUAUUUCACCAGUACAUUUUUAUGAAGAAAGACAUGGUUAAAAAUUGUAUUUCUAUGUAAAUUCAAUGAUAUGUUUGAUUUUGCUGAGAAUAAAGGAUUUUAGAUAAAUUAAAUUAUUCAAUUUGUUUAUUAAACAGUCUC